GGAGAAAUUGCACAAAAAAUCGUCCUCUAUGUCUGUGGAUCAAUUCGUCUCCAUCAUGACCCCUCUAAUCGAUCUAGAAAAGGUUGCUGGGAAUGCAAUUUUGUUCCCGUCGUGGGAUGGUCAGUACUACAGCUUGGCUUCACAUACUUAGUUCGCCCAACCGAGGCCUUCAUCAACGUUCAACUUCACCUAAACCUUUACUAAAGGUUGCUGCUAUUAUAGGAACAAGAAUUAGAUGACAUCUUUCUGAAUUUUCUUGGUAUGUAAAAUACUUUCUUCUUUGUACCAUGUGCCGAGGAAAAAACAAAAUUUCCUGCCAUCGGUUUGAAGGGGAGCGUCGUUUUGGGAAGCUUGAGGUCUACCAUUGCUUUGCCCUAUGUGAUUUUGUAUUUUUAUGUGGAGAAAGUGGCUAAGCAAGUUAAGCAUGAACCUCCUUUACCUACAUGGGAACAAAAGAUUUGGGUCCCGCACCAAGGCAUUCUGUGUGCUUACCGUGCUGUGUGAUUUCAGACUUUGGAUAAACCAGGAGUAGAUAGGAAGAGUAGCAUGCAUGGUACCUUCCGUACCGAGAUGUGACUGGUACACCUCCUACCAUGGAGGCUGAGAUAUCAGCAUCUCUUGGUUCAUCAUCAUCAAGGAGCUUAGAUAUUGCUCAAAAGAAGGGUUCUGCUAUUCUUAAUCUGAAAUGUACAGAUGCUCAGACAGGGUUGAUGGGAAAAGUCCUUCUUGAGUUCCAAUCUAGCAAGGGGGAUGUUCUUCCUGCUCACAAGUUUGGGACCCAUGAUGUGGUUGUUCUAAAACCAAACAAGGCUGAUCUGGGUUCUGCUCCACUUGGUCAAGGUGUGGUUUGUCGCCUCAAGGACUCUUCCAUUACUGUGGCUUUUGAUGAUAUUCCUGAAGAAGGUUUAAACACUCCUCUGCGUCUCGAAAAAGUUGCAAAUGAGGUGACCUAUCGCAGGAUGAAGGAUGCUUUAAUUCAACUUAGCAAGGGCACACAAGAAGGACCAGCUGCAGACUUGAUUCCUGUAUUAUUUGGGGAGAAACAACCUAUGCAUUCGAAGAAAGUUGUGCAAUUUACUCCAUUUAACAAGAAUCUUGAUCAUUCACAGAAGGAUGCCAUCUCAAAGGCCUUUUCAUCUAAGAAUGUAUUUUUACUUCAUGGGCCCCCAGGAACUGGGAAAACAACAACAGUUGUGGAAAUAAUCUUACAAGAAGUCAAACGUGGAUCAAAGAUCCUUGCAUGUGCUGCUUCUAAUAUUGCAGUUGACAACAUUGUUGAAAGACUUUUUCCAUACAGAGUGAAGUUGGUGAGAUUGGGGCAUCCUGCACGCUUACUACCACAGGUGUUGGAGAGUGCGCUUGAUGCACAGGUUUUACGAGGUGAUAAUAGUACCUUGGCAAAUGACAUUCGCAAGGAAAUGAAGGUCUUGAAUGGCAAGCUUCUGAAAGCCAAAGAUAAGAACACAAAAAGGGAUAUCAGGAAAGAACUUAGGACCCUUGCCAGAGAAGAGAGGAAGAGACAACAGCGUGCAGUCACAGAUGUUAUAAAAAAUGCAGAUGUUGUGUUGACAACUUUGACUGGUGCAUUUUCUUGCAAACUAGAGGGCAGUGCAUUUGAUUUGGUUAUAAUUGAUGAGGCUGCUCAGGCACUAGAGGUAGCAUGCUGGAUAGCUUUGCUGAAGGGUUCUAGGUGUGUACUUGUGGGAGACCACCUCCAGCUUCCUCCAACCAUACUAAGUGUUGAAGCAGAGAAGAAGGGAUUAGGUAAAACUCUCUUUGAACGUCUGGCAAGCAUGUAUGGAGAGGAAGUUACGUCUAUGCUUACUGUCCAGUACCGAAUGCAUGAGCUGAUAAUGAACUGGUCAUCUAAAGAACUCUACGAUAGCAAGAUAGAAGCCCAUUCAAGUGUCGCUCAACAUAUGCUUUAUGAUCUUGAAAAUGCGACGAAGUCAUCUUCAACAGAGUCCACCCUUAUUCUCAUAGACACAACAGGUUGUGACAUGGAAGAAAAAAAAGAUGAAGAUAGCACUAUGAAUGAGGGGGAGGCUGCAGUUACCAUAACUCAUGCAAAGCGGCUUGUUGAGAGCGGAGUCAAUGCAUCUGAUAUUGGAAUUAUCACUCCUUAUGCUGCACAGGUAACCUAUCUUAAGAUGAUGAGAAGCAAAGAGGACAGUCUAAAGGAUGUAGAAAUUUCUACAGUUGAUGGAUUCCAAGGUCGGGAAAAAGAAGCCAUUAUUAUUUCAAUGGUUCGAUCUAAUUCAAAAAAGGAGGUGGGUUUUUUGAGUGACCGUAGGCGAAUGAAUGUGGCUGUGACGCGCGCUCGAAGACAAUGCUGUCUUGUAUGUGAUGCUGAAACUGUGGGUCAUGACAGCUUUUUAAGACGUUUAGUUGAAUAUUUUGUAGAGUAUGGGGAGUAUUUGAGUGCAUCUGAGUAUGGGCAUGAGUAAGCUUCUGUCAUUUAAAUCUGCACUUCUAUUAAUUGUCAAGCUGUUAAAAUUAUGGCCUCUGCAACGGGCCUUGCACAUUCUUUGCUGGGACAGGAGAUGAAACUGUGGAAAUAUGGUGCUGGGACGCUUCCCCUUGAUGUAUUAUUAGAAAAGUUUAAUUCUAUUAAUGGUUGAGAAAUAU